UUGCUACAUCAUACAGCUUUGUUUCAUCCAAGACAAAGGCCUUUCACGAUGAGUCAAGAAUCCCCGCAUUCAGAGCCAUCCGCAUCAAAAACGCAGGACUCAAAGCCAAACAUCACUCCUCCUCGCCCCCCCAAUUUGACCUCUCGCGAAGUGAAAAGCACUCCUCUAGCCAAAAGCACACACACGUCACAAAGGUAUUCUGACCAAAACGUGAUGCUUAAAGAGCGGGCAACACGGGAUCAAAAGAUGAUGGAAGAACUGGUUCACCAUGAACUACAUGAUGCACACUUCGAGAGCAAAAAGGUGAUGGAACACUUGUGUCCCGCAGAUGAUGGCGUUACGCACAACGUCCUGGAAGAACUCAGAGAACAAGGAAUUUUCUCUGACCAAGGGUUUAAUUUUGAUCAAGAAAAUUGGCCCCAGCCGACUGCGGGAGAGAGUGCCUAUUACUUACCAUUCACGAAACUCCUG